AUGACGAAAUUCUUCAGUGGUUUGGACUCCCCUUCGGAAUCCGAUGCGUCGAGCAUCGUCAGACAUGAGCAGAGCUUGCAUCCAAUACAGGUAGAAUUACUCCAGCUCGCAAAUGCUGGAAAGCGUUCUAUCGUGACUAAAUUGGGCAUCAAUAACUCUAGCCGAAUUGUCCUGGAUAUUGUUAACAUGGCUCAGAAUGCAAAAAGCCAUCGCAAUGAAUGUUCGGUCGUUGCAAGCGAAGCCUACCUUCUGCUAAGCGUCGUCAUCGGCGGCGUAAAGGGUCGAGCGAUUGACGUCAACUCCAUCCUAAGGGACCACAUUGCCCGCCUAAACGAAGAUCUUGGGGAGAUACUCCAGAUAAUCAAGGGCUUCGCAUCAUGGUGGAUAUUAUUGCGUACCUUGAAAGCGCCUCGAGGACUGGACAAAUGCCAUAACAUCCUACAUCACAGCCUCGACAUGUAUAUGCUGCUCUUGCGAUGCUCCCUCGCGCAGUCGACUAACUCCGCAAAACACUCUCAGAAGGCCAGGCGCUCCGUAACAUUAGGACCUAAAGCAACCCGGUCCCCGCCUGCGACGACAUCCCAGCCGCUUCCGAAGACAGCUCGACGCAGCACAUAUCCUGUACCCAGAUCUGUCGCGCCUUCGACGUCGCGAUCUCCAUGGUCGCAGCCACCGAACAGAGUACGACGGCCAGUCGGUGCGGCGGUGUAA